GCAGAGAGGGCGGGAGCUCAGAAGAGGAAAAGUCUUCGGACUUGCAGGGGGAAUUCCUCCUGGGCUAACCCGGGAGCGGGGUCCACGCCACAACCGGCCAGCGGCGGCACAGGCUCCAUGUGCGGCUCCCCCUGGAGGCGGUUGAGCCCCUCGGAGCAGGAGCGCGCAGCACACACCUCGGGCAUCCACUGCCUCCCGCCCGCCACCGCACGCGCACGCGCUGUUAGUAGUCGCUGCUGCGCGGCCGCCGGCGGGACUGGUCUGAAGAGACGCGGGGACCAAGUGGCAACGACUUGGACAUCUGAGCUGUCACUGCCGAAAACAGGCCGCAAGAGAGAUAAUCAAUAUGCGUUUCCAAGCCUUUUGGCUAUGUUUGGGUCUUCUGUUCAUCUCAAUUAAUGCAGAAUUUAUGGAUGAUGAUGUUGAGAUGGAAGACUUUGAAGAAAAUUCAGAAGAAAUUGAUGUUAAUGAAAGUGAACUUUCCUCAGAGAUUAAAUAUAAGACACCUCAACCUAUAGGAGAAGUAUAUUUUGCAGAAACUUUUGAUAGUGGAAGGUUGGCUGGAUGGGUCUUAUCAAAAGCAAAGAAAGAUGACAUGGAUGAGGAAAUUUCAAUAUACGAUGGAAGAUGGGAAAUUGAAGAGUUGAAAGAAAACCAGGUACCUGGUGACAGAGGACUGGUAUUAAAAUCUAGAGCAAAGCAUCAUGCAAUAUCUGCUGUAUUAGCAAAACCGUUCAUUUUUGCUGAUAAACCCUUGAUAGUUCAAUAUGAAGUAAAUUUUCAAGAUGGUAUUGAUUGUGGAGGUGCAUACAUUAAACUCCUAGCAGACACUGAUGAUUUGAUUCUGGAAAACUUUUAUGAUAAAACAUCCUAUAUCAUUAUGUUUGGACCAGAUAAAUGCGGAGAAGAUUAUAAACUUCAUUUUAUCUUCAGACAUAAACAUCCCAAAACUGGAGUUUUCGAAGAGAAACAUGCCAAACCUCCAGAUGUAGACCUUAAAAAGUUCUUUACAGACAGGAAGACUCAUCUUUAUACCCUUGUGAUGAAUCCAGAUGACACAUUUGAGGUGUUAGUUGAUCAAACAGUUGUAAACAAAGGAAGCCUCCUAGAGGAUGUGGUUCCUCCUAUCAAACCUCCCAAAGAAAUUGAAGAUCCCAAUGAUAAAAAACCUGAGGAAUGGGAUGAAAGAGCAAAAAUUCCUGAUCCUUCUGCCGUCAAACCAGAAGACUGGGAUGAAAGUGAACCUGCCCAAAUAGAAGAUUCAAGUGUUGUUAAACCUGCUGGCUGGCUUGAUGAUGAACCAAAAUUUAUCCCUGAUCCUAAUGCUGAAAAACCUGAUGACUGGAAUGAAGACACGGAUGGAGAAUGGGAGGCACCUCAGAUUCUUAAUCCAGCAUGUCGGAUUGGGUGUGGUGAGUGGAAACCUCCCAUGAUAGAUAACCCAAAAUACAAAGGAGUAUGGAGACCUCCACUGGUCGAUAAUCCUAACUAUCAGGGAAUCUGGAGUCCUCGAAAAAUUCCUAAUCCAGAUUAUUUCGAAGAUGAUCAUCCAUUUCUUCUGACUUCUUUCAGUGCUCUUGGUUUAGAGCUUUGGUCUAUGACCUCUGAUAUCUACUUUGAUAAUUUUAUUAUCUGUUCGGAAAAGGAAGUAGCAGAUCACUGGGCUGCAGAUGGUUGGAGAUGGAAAAUAAUGAUAGCAAAUGCUAAUAAGCCUGGUGUAUUAAAACAGUUAAUGGCAGCUGCUGAAGGGCACCCAUGGCUUUGGUUGAUUUAUCUUGUGACAGCAGGAGUGCCAAUAGCAUUAAUUACUUCAUUUUGUUGGCCAAGAAAAGUAAAGACAAAAGGAGUACUAGAGCAAGAAGAAAAGGAAGAGAAAGCAGCCCUGGAAAAACCAAUGGACCUGGAAGAGGAAAAAAAGCAAAAUGAUGGUGAAAUGCUUGAAAAAGAAGAGGAAAGUGAACCUGAGGAAAAGAGUGAAGAAGAAAUUGAAAUCAUAGAAGGGCAAGAAGAAAGUAAUCAAUCAAAUAAGUCUGGGUCAGAGGAUGAGAUGAAAGAAGCAGAUGAGAGCACAGGAUCUGGAGAUGGGCCGAUAAAGUCAGUACGCAAAAGAAGAGUACGAAAGGACUAAACUAGAUUGAAAUAUUUUUAAUUCCCGAGAGGGAUGUUUGGCAUUGUAAAAAUCAGCAUGCCAGACCUGAACUUUAAUCAGUCUGCACAUCCUGUUUCUAAUAUCUAGCAACAUUAUAUUCUUUCAGACAUUUAUUUUAGUCCUUCAUUUCAGAGGAAAAAGAAGCAACUUUGAAGUUACCUCAUCUUUGAAUUUAGAAUAAAAGUGGCACAUUACAUAUCGGAUCUAAGAGAUUAAUACCAUUAGAAGUUACACAGUUUUAGUUGUUUGGAGAUAGUUUUGGUUUGUACAGAACAAAAUAAUAUGUAGCAGCUUCAUUGCUAUUGGAAAAAUCAGUUAUUGGAAUUUCCACUUAAAUGGCUACACAACAAUAUAACUGGUAGUUCUAUAAUAAAAAUGAGCAUAUGUUCUGUUGUGAAGAGCUAAAUGCAAUAAAGUUUCUGUAUGGUUGUUUGAUUCUAUCAACAAUUGAAAGUGUUGUAUAUGACCCACAUUUACCUAGUUUGUGUCAAAUUAUAGUUACAGUGAGUUGUUUGCUUAAAUUAUAGAUUCCUUUAAAGACAUGCCUUGUUCAUAAAAUCACUGGAUUAUAUUGCAGCAUAUUUUACAUUUGAAUACAAGGAUAAUGGGUUUUAUCAAAACAAAAUGAUGUACAGAUUUUUUUUCAAGUUUUUAUAGUUGCUUUAUGCCAGAGUGGUUUACCCCAUUCACAAAAUUUCUUAUGCAUACAUUGCUAUUGAAAAUAAAAUUUAAAUAUUUUUUCAUCCUGAA